CAAGCUGUCGCCAUUUCUCCAUUUCUGUCUUGAGCUCCAUCAGUUGCUAUAAUGCCGAUUAUAAGGCGCAGUUAUCAUGGCCAACCAUCGUCUUGAAAUCCUCGUUCAUACGACGGCGCCAAGUCUUGGGCAAGAAGAUGCGCUCUAUCGGUCACUUGCGGCAGCCUACCUCAAUUUCGAACCCCAGGGACGGAUCGAUUUACACGAUGAUGAUGGUAUAGCGAGUGGGAAUGAUGAGUCAGGUGGAGAUGAGAGCCCAGACCGGCAGCUUCGUGCUGAUAUACGCAACUCUCAAUCCAACGAGGAUCAAAGUCACAUGUUCUCGAAUGGCCUAGACUCCUGCCUGCCAGCGUCUCAGCUUUCCUCUGCCCCGAGAAGGGAAUACCUCACACGCUCAAAGAUAACUACCGCCGCUUUUUCCGCUAUACAGUUUUUGGAUAUUUCCUUCACGAGUGUUGAUGGCAUGAACUCUCCACGGUUCCGCACACGUGACCGGGGUAGACCAAGUAAUGCUGGCCAAAAGGGGUUUGGAAAAGGGAUAAAACGGGAACAACAAACAUCAAGGCCCAUAAUCAGUUCACUAGUUGAACAGGCGCGCCCGCGUCGUGAAACUGUCAUUCGAGACACGUUCUUGUCUCAAUUUGAAAGCCCAUAUUACUCUUCGCCAUCUCCUGUACGAGUGCCUUUGUCUCCCCCACCAGCUGAGGCACUUGGUUUUGACAUAGGAAAUGGGGGAAGACAGUCUGGCCCAAUAUUGCGAAGCAGAGCUCAUGUAUCGGAAGAACAUCCCAAAGAGAUAACUUCCCCACUGAGCCCUGCGCCUACACGGAAUGAAGAGGCGCCUUCCACUACACUGACAUCUGCAUUACGCCCAGAAGUAUAUUCUUCACCAUCACUGCCUCGGCAAAUAUCACUCGGCCAAUACAACCUACAGGUCCGCAGAACCCCGCCGCCAGAUAGCCCUCGCCGAAGCCCCAAGAAGCGAAGCUUCCCCUCAUUGCCUUUACCAAUCCCGGCACGCAAAUCUACCCACCUGCUCAGCGAUCUUACUCAUGUCUCAGACACACCUCCCGUCCCCUUUGAUCAGGAAGGUCGACAGACCAACCCAGCCCUCCCUGCUUCAGAAAAGCCCGUGCUAGCUCCAAGUUCCUCCAUACCGUCGCAGCGACCAUCGAGAAAGCGCCAUGCAUCCCGCAUACCAGGCUCAUCAACAAUUUACCACUUACCCGCCACUGGCUCGGAGGAGGUAAGCACAACGUUCCUAACGCUGCCACUUGCGAAACUUGCAGCAGAGAUUGGGUAUGGGCGUUUUCGCCCCGUGUCGCAGAGUCGGGAGAUACGGAAACAUGAAAGGGGUAUUGGGGUAUCGAUGUACACGAUGGCGAGGUGGGGUGGGACGAUCGAGUAAGAGAGAAGACGUGGGAGUUUCUCCGCGAGUAUAUUGGUCGAGGGAAGGCAGGGUGGGGAGUCUGGUGUGUCAGGGAUCGCGAGCACGUUGGUGAAGGAGGCGAGGACGGAGGACAUAAGACGGGAUUGGAAGGAGAGAAAUGGCGCAUCUAUUGCUGGGGCGAAAUCGUGUCAGAAGUAUACCUACUUCUAUAUUUGGCAAGUUCGAGGAGAGUCCGCAAUGCCGGGGCGUGCUGGCUUGAUGGCGAUGGGGAGUGUGUUGUGACGAUGCCAAGUGAUAUCAGACCAGGGAAUGAAGGGGGGACAAAGUGAUUUUAAGGGAUACCAUGCCGCGUUGGAGAUUAUCAACUUGGAAUACAUCGCAUUAAAUAUGCCAAGAUUUGAUAGACCAAUGAAAAUGAAGCAAAUACGUCG